AUGGCUGAGGAAACCGUCCGUGUUGAAGUCCCUGCGGUAGAGGAGAACGUCGUGGUUGAUGUCGCCCCGGAAAGCUUGGAGGAUGCCGUCCGUAUUGUGAUCCAGAAGUCGCUCGAGGCCAAUGGCCUCGUCCGCGGCCUCUCUGAGGUGGCCCGCACCCUGGACUGCAAGACGGCGCACAUGUGCAUUCUGGCUGAUGACUGCGAGGAUGAGGAGUACAAGAAGCUUGUCACCGCGCUCGCCAAGCAGGGCAACAUCGAUCUGAUCAACGUUGAGGAGCGCGAGAAGCUCGCCCAAUGGGCCGGCCUCGUGCGCCGCGAUGUGGCCGGUGAGGUGACCAAGACUCUCAAGUGCUCCUCGGUCGCCAUUCGCGACUUCGGUGAGCGCACCAAGGCUCUGGACUACCUGCUGUCUCAGCUGCACUAA